UGACAUUUAGGUCAAUGAAAUUGAAUUGUUGAAUUGAUUUUUAAUUAAAAUUCUGAAAAUAUAGUUGUAAUAUUUUGUUUGUGUUAUUAUCAUUCAAAUUAUUCUAUAAAUUUCUGUAAUAUCUCUACCACUCUUUUAGUUACCCUAUUUUUCUUCAAGCACAAGAUAAUCGAAAAAUUUGGUCACAAUGACAAUGGGCGAUGAAUUACCUGUUACUUCCUUAGUUUUGCCCGUACUUAUACGUCCUGUUUUAACUCAGUUGGAAAAAUAUGACCUUGGAGCAUCUCAAACAUUACGAGCAGCUCUUACAAAAGCUGAAGCAGCCAUACCUGGACUUAAUUAUGAUUUAGUUGCUGGUAUAAUGAGGCGGGCUGAUAUACCAGUUAACAUGAAUGAAAGCUUGUUGAGGCUUCAAGGAACACUUACUGAAAAUGAAUGUGCUGAUUUGAGAUUGAACAGAUCCGAGGAAGCUUUUCAGGAGUUGAAUAAGAAAUCAGCUGCUUUGAAGAAAAUUUUAAGCCGAAUUCCAGAUGAAAUUACUGAUCGUAAAACUUUUCUGGAAACAAUUAAAGAAAUAGCAUCAGCUAUUAAAAAGUUAUUAGAUGCGGUUAAUGAAGUGUCUACGUACACACCUGGCCCAGGAAAACAGGCACUGGAACAGAGGAAAAGGGAGUUUGUUAAAUAUUCAAAGAGAUUUUCUAACACUUUGAAGGAAUAUUUCAAGGAGGGCCAAGCAAAUGCUGUGUUUGUGAGUGCACUGUACCUUAUCCAUCAAACCAACCAAAUCUUGUACACAGUUAAAAAUAAAUCAGAGUAAAGAGCUUUACAAUUAGUUCAUAAAGAAGAUAUUGAAACUUAUUAUUGAAUAAUGUGUUAUUAUUAUUAGUAACUUGUUUUUGGUUUUGCAAUUGUUUAACUUUUGAGUAAAUGAUAAGAUAAAAUUUGUGAAAUAAAAGUAUUAUUGUUAUAUUAAAUUCAACUACUAAAAAAAAACAUGUCUGAAUAUUUUAAUGGGACCUGAUAACCAACUUUAAUUUCUAAUUUUACAAAAUUUGUGUAAUGUCUAUUCACAUUGACUUACAUAGUAAAUGGAUAUGAAUAUAUACUUUCAGUCUUUUCUUGACAUCAUUAUAUAGGAAAUAAACAACUUAUGAUCUAAAGAAUUUAUUGAUGUUGAAUUGUGCUAAGAUAUUUGAAGUGAA